UCUAGGCAACAACGACUCUUGGAAAGCAUUAGAAUUUUGUUUUAUCGUCUUGUAGAAGAUUUAUUUUUAAUUCUUUAAAAGUGAGUGGCAUCUGUACAACGUCAUUGGACAAGAACCAAAUCCAUGAAGAUUUUUAAUGAUUCAUUAAACUGGCUUGGUGGGUUAACCCGGUACCAUACGUAGAUUUUUAUUCAAAACUUCAUCGACCUCGACCUUGCUGUCAACAACGAUGUCUCCAUUAUAUUUUAUAAACAUUUUGUAUUUCUUAUCCUUAGUUAGCGUCAAAUUUAUAUGCUGUAAAUUAUAUUCCGAUCCAGCUUCAUCUCACCAAGAGAGUUGUGCCGCCAAAGACAAACAUGCGUGUGAGUCAGGAGUUCAUGACGCGAAAUCCGACGGACCGACAUUUAUAGGAAGGGACGGACUUACGCGAUUAGAUGGAAUAAAGGUUGGUCAUGUUGAAGAAGUGAAUUUAGGUGACUGCAGGAGAGAGCGAAUCACUAGAGCAAUGAAACCUCUAUUAUUUGAAAUACCGCACUUUUUGGCGAAUGAGGAAUGUGACUACGUAAUCAAACUGGCUGAAGGAAAUGGACUUAUUUCAAGUAUCACUCGUGGAGGGCUGACAACUAAAAGAGAUCUAGAAGUACCAAAAGUUGAGAGCGGGAAAGGUGAAGGUGUCGCAGGAACUUUUGAAGCAUGGGACAUGAAUAAUGACCUAAAGAUUACAGUGGACGAGGUAAUCGAGUACGCAAAGAGAUAUAUUUACGCCGUAUUCAGUGAAGAAGAUUUAAUGGAACUACUCCACAAAGUGAACGUUACUGAAUUGGACGAUGGUUUUAUCACGCCUAAAGAGUUUGAGAACAUGAACACUCGCGGUGCUGAUACAAUGAUGAUGCACGCGGGAAAAACGCAUCCAAAGUACAGACCUCGCUACAGUUAUCAGACCUUUGUGAACCAGAGAUACCUCAAGGAUCCGAUCUUGGACAAAAUUAUAGAAAGAGUAAUCAAAUUAACAAAGUUGCCAAGAGAAAUAAUAUAUGGAAGCGAAAGACUUCAGCCCGUGCAUGGAAAGGACCAAGAAUUACUGAGUGACCUUCAAUAA